CAAAGAGGAUAUAAUCAUUUUAUGAUAAAAAAAUACACCAUUUUACGAUGCAAAAUUUGAUUUUAAACCAAUUAACGCGAGUUACAAUUGACAAAUUCUCACGCUGACCGGUACGCAAAUGCAUCGCGUCUUUUAUUAAACACGACAAAAACUAUAGCAGAGAAGUCAUAUGGUGGUCUACGCGCAAUCUGAUUGGCUGAAACACAAGGUGAGGGCGUGGCUUAAACGGCGCGUGGGUUCGCUUCGGUGACACAAUUAAAACAACUUAAUCUUGUCGGCCGAAAACGCGAUUAAUUGAGGAAUACUCACACUUCGGGUGAUGCCUUCAGGUACUCGCGAUUGAGCCGGGCUUCGAUCGGGAAUCGGGAGGAAAAAAUGUGACGUUUGAUGAUCGGCGCGUCCCCCGGAAAGGAUUUACUACAUCGAAUCGCAUCUUUUCAGGCUGGGAAAAAAGUUUUUGAUCCUUCUCGUUUCUCGGCGUCCCUCUGUUCGAUUCGGCGGAGCGAGCCGAUCGCCUCUGCCUUGCGAUUUUCCAUGCAAUCGUGCAGUGUGUCUGUCGCCGUCGCUGCCUGCGCUGCUGCUGCUCGGAGUCUCGGCUCAGCUUCUGAUGGUGCUGGUGAUGAGGAAAAGAAAAUGGCGUCGGGAAAAGCCAGUCAAACAGAGGAGGACUUUCCGACACUGACAGCCCAGGAGAGGGACGCUUUAGCCGGGAUUGACAGCUCACUGUUUGGAUUUCAGAAGCUUCAUGAAGAUGGCGCCAGAACCAAGGCCCUGUUGAUAAAGGCUGUCCGCUGCUACGAUUCCCUCAUCCUCAAGGCGGAGGGCAAAGUCGAGCCUGAGGUCUUUUGCCAGCUAGGCCACUUCAACCUCCUCUUGGAGGAUUACCCAAAAGCGUUAUCGGCAUACCAGAGGUACUACAGUUUACAGUCAGACUACUGGAAGAAUGCUGCCUUUCUAUAUGGCCUGGGAAUGGUCUACUUCCACUACAACGCCUUUCAGUGGGCGAUCAAAGCAUUCCAGGAAGUGUUGUACAUCGACCCAGGAUUCUCCCGCGCCAAGGAAAUCCACCUUCGACUUGGUCUCAUGUUCAAGGUUAAUACAGACUAUGAGUCAAGCCUGAAGCAUUUUCAGCUUGCUUUGAUUGACUCCAAUCCCUGCACUUUGUCCAAAGCUGAAAUUCAGUUCCACAUUGCUCAUUUAUAUGAGAUUCAGAAGCGAUAUCGGGCCGCCAAGGAGGCCUACGAGAACCUCCUGCAAACGGAGGAGCUUCCGGCACAGGUGAAAGCCACUACCCUGCAACAGCUCGGCUGGAUGCAUCACACCGUGGAGCAGCUCGGGGACAAAGCCAGUCGGGACAGCUACGCCAUCCAGUGUCUGCAGAAAUCUCUGGAGGCGGAGCCAAACUCUGGACAGUCGUGGUACUUUCUGGGCAGGUGCUACUCUAGUAUAGGAAAGGUCCAGGAUGCCUUCAUCUCCUAUCGGCAAUCCAUCGAUAAGUCUGAGGCCAGCGCUGAUACUUGGUGCUCAAUAGGAGUGCUGUAUCAGCAGCAGAACCAGCCCAUGGAUGCACUUCAGGCUUACAUCUGCGCUGUGCAGCUGGACCACAGCCACGCCGCCGCCUGGAUGGACCUCGGCACCCUGUACGAGUCCUGCAAUCAGCCGCACGACGCCAUCAAGUGCUACAUCAACGCCACGCGCAGCAAGGCGUGCACCAACGCCACCAUGUUGACGCACCGAAUCAAAUGCCUGCAGGCUCAGUUGAGUAACCCCCAGCUCAGUAGCCCACAGAGUAAAAGUAAAAUGCUCCCUCUUAUUGAGGAAGCAUGGAGUCUACCAAUCCCGGCUGAGCUCACCUCCAGGCAGGGAGGCCUGAGCAGUGCGCCACAGCAGGCCUGUAAACCCAACCGCACGGCAGAGGGUGGCGGUUCAGGUCAGUCACUGCCUCCUCACGUGGCCGCGCUGGGCCAAGCCGAAGACCAGUCCUGCCCAGCUAAAAGGAAGCGGGCUUCCAGCCCGGACAAGGCAGAUUCCUGGGCAUCUAAUCCAGUACAGCAGCCGGUUCCCAACUGGUACCUCUCCCCUCAGAAGUUGCAGUUGUUGGAGCAGCUCCGGAGUAAUCGAGCCAGUUUGAAGCCACCGCAGCUUCAGAUGUUGGAGCAGCUAGAAGCUCAGUUCACCAUGAUGCAGCAGCACCAGAUCCGUCAGAACGCAUCAGGAGGUCAGGCGCGUCCCUCCUUCCCCAACGGUCCCAGCGCCAAUUCCCUCCCGUCCCCGAACCCCGGCCUCCACCCUGCGCAGCCCCACCCGGGGUUACAUCGGCCCCCUUGCCCCCCUCAGCCUUUGUCCAACGGGCCCUCGGGUCCCGGGGUGCACCGACACUCUGACUCGGCGGUCUCCCUCCCCGCGGGCGAAAGCAAGAGUCGAAGUAACAGUAGUAGUAGUAGUAGUACUAGUAGUAAUAAUCAGCCGGGGCCUCCUGCCUCGGGGCCCGACGGAGAUGUGCCUUACCUGCGAGCUGCCGGCGACGCAGCACUGCUACCUCACACCUGCACAAGCACGCAAACACAGGACGCCACGCCACACCCUCUGCACCUUAAUUCCUCUCAGGUGCCACAGAAGCGGUCGGUUCCCCUCGUGGGCUCCAACAGCGAGGGAACCACCACGCCUCACCCGCACCCCCCCACGUCCACCCCGCAGCCCACCAAUCAGGUCGGCCACCCGAACGCUGCGGCGCCCAACCACCUUCCGCCUCCUCCCUGUCUCCCCCCUGCCUCUACCUCAAGCGCGUCCGCUACCAAAGACGGCACCGCCGCCGAGAGUAAGGCGCCCUCACCGUCGUCCGGGGGCAAAGCGGCGCCUUCCGACGGCGACGAGCGGAGCCUUAGCGCAGACAAUCCCAGACUAUCCGCCCCGCCGGGAAAGGCGGAAGGGACGGCGUCCGGGACGUCCCCCAACAAGGCGGACGACAUCCACCCGGCCACCCCCAACACGCGAGGGAGCUCGGUCACCUCCUCGCCCGUUUCCGCCAUAUCCACCGCCACGCCCUCGCCCAAAUCCUUAGAACACACCCAGGUCGGCGGGCAGAGCCCCGCCGCGAGCCUCACCACCGCCGCCACAGUCAAUGGCAAAGGGGGAAUCUCGGAGGACUCUCGGAGCCCGUUGAAGGCAGAACCGCCCGCCAUCGCCGGGCUCAAAGCCACGCCCCCACACGGUUCCUCGUCGUCGUCGUCGUCAUCAUCGUCAUCGGUGUCGAUAUACCCCAGCUCCACGGACGUGCUGAAAGCCUGCAGAAACUUGGGCAAGAACGGGCUUUCCAACAGCAGCAUCCUUCUGGACAAGUGCCCGCCCCCACGGCUGCCCCCGCCUCCCAUGCCUGCCCUGCCUAAAGACAAGCUCAACCCUCCCACCCCGAGCAUCUACCUGGAAAACAAGAGAGACGCUUUCUUCCCACCCCUGCACCAGUUCUGCACAAAUCCCUCCAAUCCUGUCACCGUCAUCAGAGGACUGGCUGGAGCACUGAAACUUGACCUGGGCCUUUUCUCCACCAAAACAUUGGUGGAGGCCAACCCGGAGCACUUGGUGGAAGUGUGGACGCAGCUGUCGCAACCCGCUGAUGAGAACUGGGACGUGACGGGCACCAAGAAAAUGUGGCGCUGCGAAAGCGCUCGAGCCCACACCACCAUCGCCAAGUACGCCCAGUAUCAGGCCGCUUCCUUCCAGGAGUCUCUACGGGAGGAGAAUGAAAAGAAAGCACUCAAGGAACCGUGUGACACAGAGCCAGCAGCAGAAAGUGUCGCGCGCAAAAGAAGAGGACCCUUAAAGCACAUCAAGUUCGGAACAAACAUCGACGUUUCGGACGAAAGGAAGUGGAAGCAGCAGCUCCAGGAACUGAGUAAGCUUCCGGCAUUCGCUCGGGUGGUAUCGGCCGGCAACUUGCUUAGCCACGUGGGUCACACCAUUCUGGGAAUGAACACGGUUCAACUCUACAUGAAGGUUCCGGGCAGCAGGAUAGCAGGUCACCAGGAGCACAACAACUUUUGCGCAGUCAACAUUAACAUCGGGCCAGGAGACUGCGAAUGGUUCGCCGUCCCCGAGGCCUACUGGGGUGUGAUGAGCAACUUUUGUGAAAAGAACAACAUCAACUUCCUAAUGGGCUCGUGGUGGCCCAAUCUGGAAGACCUGUACGAGGCCGACGUGCCUGUGUACCGCUUCAUCCAGCGCCCUGGUGACUUGGUGUGGCUCAACACGGGCACGGUCCAUUGGGUGCAAGCCAUCGGCUGGUGCAACAACAUCGCCUGGAACGUCGGACCGCUUACAGCCCAUCAAUACAAGUUGGCCGUGGAGCGUUACGAGUGGAACAAGCUCCAAAGUGUCAAAUCCAUGGUUCCCAUGGUGCACCUCUCCUGGAACAUGGCACGCAACAUCAAGGUGUCGGAUCACAAGUUGUUCGAGAUGAUCAAGUACUGCUUGCUGCGGACGUUGAAGCAGUGCCAGUGGGUGAAGGAAGCUUUAGCGACAGCUGGCAAGGAAACCGUACUGAGGAACAGAACCAGAGACGAACCGGCACACUACUGUACCAUCUGCGAGGUGGAGGUGUUCAACCUGCUGUUUGUGCGGCGUGAGCUCCUGUGCAAGAAGCAGUACGUGGUCCACUGCCAGGACUGCGCCCGCAAAGGCAGCGCCACGCUGGAUGACUUUGUGGUACUGGAGCAACACAGGAUGGAAGACCUCAUGCAGGUCUACGACCAAUUCGCAUUAGCCCCGCCUCUUCAUUCGUCCUCAUCUUGACAUUAGGUGAAGCCAUUUCUCUCUCGCGGAAGCAACCAAGCCAAUGGAAAUGACGAGGCGUCCAUCUUGUAUGUACACGGACCCAUUUCUGAUAUUCAGGAAAGCCGCAAGGUCCGGUCUCGUUUGGUCCGGUCCGGUCCGGUUUCGUGGAGGCUGCUGCGUGCGUCUGUCUAUGCAACCUAUUUGGCACGGGGGCAGCACCAAAUCAAGCUGGCAGGACUGUUUCUCUCCCCACCAACACCCCCAUCCUGGAGUGACAAUGGUUCGGCCCGUUAGGGUGGAAGAUGGCGGCGCUUUUAACCCUUUAUAGGGCACUCGUUUUUAAAGGGUUGUUUUAAUUCUAGAGUCAUAUUGGGGAGCAUAAUAGUAUUAAAGUCUGUUUUUAUUCAUUUUACAGUCAAUGAAAAAAAGGCAGUUGCCUGGAAAUGCACGCAAAACGCCAUGAAAUGACCCAAAAUCAACAGAAAGGGACUUGAAAUGCCCCAAAACCACCAGGAAACAACCCGCAAAUGUCCCAAAAUUAACUGGAAGUGACCUAGAAAAGCCUGAGAAUAGUGGGAACUGACCCAGAAUACCCUAAAAUUAACCGGAUUAUUAGAACGUUAAGAAAAAUGUCACAUAAUUAACAGGUAGUGACAAAGAAAUGCCCAAAAUCAAAAGAAAGUAACCCAGAAAUGCCCCAAAAUUGCCAUGAAGUGAUCUGAAAUGAGCAGGAAGUGACCUAGUAAUAUCCCAAAAUGAAUAGGAAGUGAGCCCUAUAAACAGGAAGUGACUUAAUUGCCCCAAAAACAACAGGAAGUGACCUGAUAUCAACAGGAAGUGACAUUGAAAUGCCCCAAAAUCAACAGGAACUAACCCAAAAUCAACAUGUAGUGCUUUGCGUGAGUUAACUGAGCAGCAUGAAGGUGUUCCCACACAAUUAAUCCAUAAAUUGUAUUUUUUUAGAAAUGUAUUUAUUUUAAAAAACAACAACAAAAAGUCAGUUGCCCUAUAAAACGUUAACGCUGGCUAAAUGGUUUUGUAGAUACUUAACUGUUGAUAACCACCCUUAAAAGACUACUGACUUGACCACACUUUUCCUCACUUUCUUAGUUUAUUUUUUGUUUUAUGUUUUUUUGACAUUUCCCCGAAUUUGACCUUCGCCUGCUCUUUGUCUAUGCUAAACUUCACACAAAAAUUGUAUCGUGAUUGUUUUUACAGCUUUUUUUUUCUUAGGUAAAAACAAAACAAAAACAACAUAAAAAUUUUGUUUAUAUAUAUAUAUAAAAAACAAAAAAUACUAGCCAAGUCACAAAGAACAUGGGUUGCACAUAGACUUAACGAAAUAAAAGUUUUAAUUUGUGGAUGGUUUCAUUGUUUCUAAUCUCGAUGUAAAUGGACACUAUUUAUAAAUACAUAUUUAUUGCUUGAAAAUAUUUGUCGAUGGAAUGCUGUUAUUUUUUUCCAGAGUACCUGCCAUUAAAUUUGAAGGGGUUUUGUCAUUUUAACACGACUCCUCUUACAUUUUCUAUAUAUAAAUAAAAUUGCUUAGCGAGCGUUGUACAGAAACGGGACAUUUAAAAUUGUUUUAUUGUUUGAAGAACGUUUUAUGAGUCAAUAAAAACAAAAAGUUGUCAAAUCAUUCCGCUUCUUCUUCUCGCUACUUGAAAGUAAUACCUGAAACCCAGCAGACAAUGUAGCUGUAAUACUCACACACACAGAGAUCUACACUGUAUGCCAGGUCCAGGAAGUACCCAAAACUUUUACAAAUACAAUGGAAAACAGGGGUCUCAAACAUGUAUAUUUUGCCGUCUGGCUAACAUGUAUUUUGCCAUGGCUAAUCAUUGUUGUUAUUUACUGCCAACCCUCCCCCUUCCGAUGGAUUGGACAUCAAGCAUCGUCAAUGACUGAAUAAACUGAUAAUCUGAGAAGUAAGAUGGCUAUGAGUUGACUUGAAUGUCAAUGCAUUGAUUUUAAUAGGAUUGUCACCCCUACCAUCGUGGCCGCCAUGAGGUCAGGUUGUAGGGGCAAUGUAAGGUCUUUUCAUGCCUUUGCGUCAAUUAAAUUGAGUUUCUAGCAAGUACGCGUCCAAUCCAUUUGAACUAGGAGGGUUAACAGUGAACGAACAUUUGUUCUUUCGCUGCCAGCCCUCCAAGUUCAAAUUAAUUGGACGUCUAUCACCGUCAAUGGCGACCACUGAGUCAAUAGAUGAUGCUUUACAUUGAUAAAUUGACAAAUAAGCUAGUUAUGACUUGAUUUAAAUGUUAAUGCAUUGAUUUUAUUGGGAUGGCCGCACCUACCAACAUGGCCGCCCUGAGGUCAUUUUGUCGGGGAAAUGAAAGGUCUUUUCAUGCUUUUGCCAACAAUUAAAAUGAGUUUCUAGCUAAUAAACGUCCAAUCCAUUUAAACCAAACAUUUGAUUCGCUGCCAACCCUCCUAUUAUAAAUUUAUUGGACAUCUUCAACCACUGAGACAAUAGUA